UUGCAUACUGCGCAGUAUUUAUUGUCAGCUCGAGCCUGUGUACAUCACUCUGCUCCUCCACAGCCCGACGUGUGUCCUGAAUCUUCUCUGAGUAAAUCCUGAGCCUCUGGAAACAUGGCUGACAAACCAGACAUCACAGAAGUCACAACCUUCGACAAGACCAAGCUGAAGAAGACGGAGACUCAAGAGAAAAACACGUUGCCAACCAAAGAAACCAUUGAACAGGAGAAGUCGACAUCAUGAAGACCAGGCCUCCUGCACACCAUACAUUCCACAAGCCUUGCCUUUUUUUUUUUUUUUUUUUUUUUUUCUUCCUGUUCAAACAUGAAUUCAAGUUGCAGUAAUUGACAAAACAAUGGCUGUACAGCCACCACUUGAUCACUCGCUAUACACCCCUUUUGUACAGUAAAGAAUGGUUUGACGUCAGCAUGGGUUCCUGGUCAUCUGUUGCUGUGGAGUUGAAGAGCAGGCGUACCAUGAAACAACUUGAAGGACCUUCACUCUGACUUGUUGCCCUACUCUGGCCACUUGUGAAUGCUCACAAAGCAAGCUGUGUUUCUUUUGUAAAUCUGGAAUGCACAAGUUUGUUAAAUAUGCAAAAUAAAAAAAAUGUAAAUUGUCAA